AAUUACUCUGCGCUCAAAUUCCUGAGCGCCGGACCACAAACGCGUUCGCCACAGACCCUCUGCUGGAAUCUCCCCAGAAGUUCUUCUUGCGUGUGAAGCGGAAAUUGCAACAGCAGCGAAAAGAUUCAAUACCUUCGAACCCAAUCAAGCAGAACAUUCCUCCUUCCACAGCUACAGAAAAAACGUUAGUCAAAUCUGCUUUUGCUGAGCAGCCGAGGAAUGAUUCUACAGAGGAUGUGGCCACUGAUAAGGAUGAUCAGGAUAAUUUCCUUGUGGAAUCAAUGGAUGCUGAUGAUGAAAUGUCUCAAAACACAGUGGCUAGUCCUGUGGAUGUGAACUUCGCCCCUUUUGAAAAUGGGGUUCAGCUGGAAGAAAGGUGGGGAAAUGGAGAAGCACAAGGUACUGAACUUCAUCAAGACGGAAGCAAGUUGCAGCCAAGUAACAAGCCAGCUGCUCGUGGAGCAGAAAAGGUACCAGAGACUGGUUCUCAAAAGACCCCGCAGUGCUUAUGCAGCAUUAUGCUCUCUUCUCCCAAAGUCCACAUUCCCAGGAAGCAGAAGCCAAAAGAAGGCUCUAAGGUCCCUUUGGAUAAACUUCAUACAGAUCAAGUUACUGGCAAAGCAGACAAAGAGAAAAAUAUCUGCCUAACCGGUUGGAGAAUUAAAGUGGUGGAUGGUAACACUGCAAUAUGCGUUGAAGGAAAACGGAAAGAUAUGAAGGAUCUCUCUUGGCAUAGUAAUGCGAUCGUGGAACGCAUAGCACACAACCAAGUCAGAACGUCCUCUGGCAGUGUCUACGUGCUGCAAGGAAAUAUAGAUUCCGCUUCGAUGAGGAAGGAAGGAUUUCCCUACCGUUUCGUCAAAAGAUUUACAUAUGGCUUUUCCAAAAAGUGGAAGGAAUAUGUUGAGGAGUUCCUUGAGGCAAGACGAAGGAAAGAACGAAAACAAAAUGCUGGUGAGAAUAAAGGCGAAGAGCGUGCCUCAGUGGUGGGUAGAGAUGUGCUGAAGGAUGCAGAAGGCUCGGCAAAACAUGUCAAGAAACCUGAAACCAGGAACACCACCUAUGAAGUGUUACCGAAGAAUGACGAAAACGCUUAUACAACACCAAAACACAAUUCCUUGUUGAAUGACUCAAGCAGAGUUUACACUCGUAGUGGCCGUCUUGUUAAACCACCAUUGAGCUUCUGGUGUGGGCAGCGUGAGUUUGUGGAUCAGAACCUAAAUGUUACUAUAGAAGAAGGUGGAAUAGACUAUCUCAGCAUGAUGUUUGGUAGUGAAAAAUCCCAAAAAAAGACCAGUUCCGUCUCUAAGAAGAGUAAAAGACAGGAAGUAACAAAGACAACAGAAGAAACACCAAAAAGCCAAAGUAAAGGGAAAAACCAUGAAAAAGAAGUAAGUUCCGAAAGAGAAGCCGAGUCUGCUGGAAGCAGAGAGGCCAGGCGCUUCGUUUCAGAAGAUGAUGGAAGCGAUCAUGCAGUCGAUAGUACAAAAACGACAACGCGGCUUUCUGUUAGGCUGACUCCCUUAAAUGCUGAAGCACGAAACAAACAUAAACACAAUAGCAGAAUCCCAGGAACAACAAAGGAAAAGAGAGAAACAGAACAUGGGGAAUCGACCACGUAUCAGCAGGCUUACAGGUACUCUCUAAGGCCAGCCAAACAACUUCAAGACAAGCAUUUACCAAAAGAAUCGUCAGGCAAAGAUGAGGAAGAGGAAUCCAGUGAAGAUAUCCCACUGUUUAUCAAAAGGAAAAAUAAACCUUUAUUAAAACAGCAGACUCAAAAUUCUAAAUUCCCCUCUAACUGUAAAAGCUCACAGGAUGAUGCAAACAAGAUGUCAUGUGAACAAAGGACAGUACAAAACUUUACUGCCUCCCAUAAUGUGCCCUUGAGUGUGUCUGGAUCCACUGAUGGUUCUGGUUUGCUUGAAGGAAAAACACCUUCUAGUGAGUCCAGUAUGUCCCGUCUGCCUGAUCAGGCAAUGAGGACAAGAAGCAGAAUCAACCGUCCAAGGUACGUGCUUGAAUCUGACACCGAGCAAGAAACCAACGAAGAGGAAUUUCCAGUAAAAGAAAAGAAUUCAGAAGUGUCUGAUAAAAAAACAAACUGUAAAGUUUCUAAUACUGCCAAGUCUUCAGCAGCAAAGUCAAGAGAACCUCAGAGACAAACGGUGCAGAAAUCUCUAGAACUUUUUCCAAGGACAACAGAUGACUGGUCUGAAAAGGAACUGCAGAAGCUCUACAGGGCCAUCGCUUCCUUUCCAAAGCACAAGAGCGGCUUCUGGCUGGAGGUGGCCAUGGCAGUGGGGUCUCGCUCUGCUGAAGAAUGCCACCAGAAGUAUCUGGAAGAACAACAGGCAAAGGGUUCCAAAACGCAUGGCAAGAAGAGCACUGCUUCAGGAAAACCGGAACGGAAAGAGAGGACAGAGCCGGUUCCGGUAACGGCCAAAGUGGGAACCCUCAAAAGGAAGCAGCAGAUGAGGGAUUUCCUGGAGCACCUGCCCAAGGACGACCACGACGACAUUUUCUCCGCGACGCCCUUUCAGAACAGAAGAGUGAAGUUGCCAACGUUCCGGGGAAGCCAGGAUGAUGAUGAGGAUGACUUUGCACUUACGGACAACCCGAUCACACCCUCCUCUGCCGUCUUCCCUCUGGUGAAAACCCCUCAGUGUGAGCAUAUCAGCCCUGGUAUGCUGGUACCCAUCAACAGGAACGAUUAUGACCGGCACGUGUUCAGGAUGCAGAAGAACACGCAGGGCAGCAGAGGCACCUGGGACAAGGUCAAGAAGAAGUCGGCUGGAGUGGUGCUCGGUACGCCGGCGUCGUGCAGAACCAAGUUCAGGUUUGACAGACAAGCGCCCCAGACCUCUGUUGUAGGGAAGCUGUUUGUGGCCGAGGCAGCAGGCUCAUCGGAUGAAGAGCAGGAUUCCUAUUUUUCUGUUUAA